CAGGACUUUAAUUCCAGCCAAUCUUAACACAACAUAAAAAUAACAAUGGUAACUUAAUUGCUUAAGAUAUCAUCGCGAGCGAUCGUUUAUUUGCUAACAAAGCCUGUGGUCUUUUUUAAUAUGUAAAUGAGAUGGUUGUCAUGCGAGUCUGGUAUAUAAAAGGAAAUUACCAGUCCGUAAGACCAGAGACCGACAAUUAGACAGCCACUGAUCACCGUACAUAUUCUAACCGAGAAUAACAAACAUGAAAAUUAUCCUUUUCGUCGUGAUCGCCAUGAUCGGCGCAUAUGAAGCUAAAAUGUUUCAUUUGAAAAGGGGAGGAUCCGACAGGGAAAAGGAUAUCCAAGAUGCUAUAAAGAGUGUUCAAGAUGGGUUCGGUCAGGACAAGGAAGCGGAAAUCCGUGAGUGUAUGGCCAAGGAAGACAACUGUGAAUCUGUCGGAUGUUUCUAUUACAUUGUCUCGGGUCUUACCGAUGAUGAAGAGUACCACCAAAUGGUUGUUGAAUGGGCUCUUGGACUACGUAAGAUGUGCUGGACCGAUAUCUGCGAAACAUGUGGAUGGUGUGAAGGUGAAGAUCGUCGAAGGUCAAACAAAGAAGAUGCCGUCAGCGACGCUGUUCAAGAUAUUCAGAAGAACUUUGGAGUUGAUAAAGAAGAAGAUGUCCGCGCAUGUCUAGACAAACCGAGUUGCGAAUCAGUUGCUUGCUUUUACAUGCUGGCCAAAGAACUUACCGACAAAGAAGAUUAUCACUUCAAGGUCGGAAGCUGGGCACUGAAGGUCAACAAAAUGUGCAUGGAGGACGUAUGUGAGGAAUGCGGAUGGUGCAAUGAAAAGCGUAAAAGAUCUUUUCCAUCAGUCAAAAAAUCUCCUGCUAAACAAAUCUCAAGCCUUAGUCUCUCCGCCAAGAAACGCUUCUUGUCACAUUUGGACUUUUAAAUAUUUCGAGCAGACCAAUUAAAGGACAUUUCAUGAACUGAACAGUUACGUUAUUAAAUAUUUAAAUAAUUACCUUUUACAGAAUUUAUAAGAAAAUUGUUCGUAAAUUGUAAAAAUAAAAAUGUUUUAAUAAAAGAGAAAUAUGCAUGUA